AUGCAAUCUUCAGAGCCACUCCGAGUGUUGGUCAUCGUAUCCCAACGGAGUUCCUUGUACAGUCACAGCACAACCGCACCCGAUGGGAUUGUGAGACGAGCAUUGCGACUUCUCGCAAAGAAGGGCAUGCGGGGAGUGUCGGAUGGGCUUCCACAGACCCGGCUCCUCGCGGUGCAAAAGUGGAAGAGCCGCACCUAUCUCGUCUUCGACAUCGCCAACGAUAGAUACGACGCAAGCCGUGGCCAUCUGCCGGAACACAACCAGCUCAGCGUGGUGGUCACCCACUUUAGCAAGAAGAGAGCGGCGUAUCCAGCAAGCGCUUGGGUUGCUCAACAGGUCAACCAUGAUGUUGCGAUGCUGCACAAUGCCAACGGGUUUGAUGCCCUUCCCCCAUUCAUGGAAGACCACACCCUCGGAGCACCCCCGUCAUAUCAAAAUCCCCGCGAUAUCUCCCUGUUACAUGUCAAAUACACAUAG